ACUGCUGUAGCUGUACCCAUGGUGUUGGAGAUCAGAGGUGUCCUGUGAGAGAAAAGCAGGUUGAGGUUGCCAGGAUCAGAGUAGUGCAGAAGGUGUCAUAUGCUGAGGCAGUGAAGAGAGUAGUAGAGGAAGAUGGGUCCAGGGUGAGGGAUCCUAAGAGGAUCCCUGCGAGUAAGCCGAGACCAAUAGAGAGUGAUAGGAAUAACAGGAAGGUUGUUUUUUUGGGCGUUCAUGGCCAUGGUUGUCAAUUGUACUGCAGGAAUGGAACAUAAAUCACAAAGGAUAGAUGCUGUUGUGGCAGCUGCAGAAAAGUACUUGGGUGUACGAGAUUUUACUGCAGAAGCGUUACAAGAUGUUUUGAAUGAUAGUGUCCCUGGAGUAGGAUCAGAUAGGACCAAAGUAGUGGAAUAGUGGUGAGGUUUUGGUAGCAGGGUUGGUUGGUCACAAAGUGUAACGAAUUAAUACUACAGAAUAGUAGGCUGAUACACAGCCAAUGCAGUAGGUGGCAGCAUGCACCAAUAACAUUUACUUGUGAACCGCCAUAAUACAGAACAAAAAGCAGAAGAAGAAGAAACCCUAGCCCCUUGAGUAUAACACCAGCACCAUAUCAAGAUGGUAUAAAACGAACACAGCUGAACUGGAAUCACAGCAAACUACGUGUGACAUAAUAAUCAUCAAUUUUCAUAUAAAUGAAAUUAUCCAGACAAAUAAAUACAAUCAAGAAUUCUAUUAAUUCACUUGAAACCACCUGUGAGGAACAUACAAUAACUCAAUGGUAAGGGAUAUGUCGCAAUGGUAAAGGAUCGUGGAAUUCCGUCAGUGUAGCAGAAGGGGUGGUUUAUAAGCGCCAAAUCUGAUUGGCUCUUUCCUCAUUCUCCCUCCGCAAACGAGAUCCCGGAAGUUGCCCCGAGAUGAGUAGCUGUUUUCUGGAUGAGGAGACUUUCACUCAGUGCAGUCAGCUGUUCCUCCAACACUCCCACUCCCUCUGUGAUGGCUGGAGCUGGGAACAAGUGAAGGGUUCUGAAGAGGGCUACCUGAGGAAGACUGCACUGGGGACCGGCAGAACCAGAUGUAACCGGGACCAGCAAGGCACCAGUUCAGACCAGCACCAGGAGAGGACCUCCUCCCUCUCUCUCCAUAAUGAUGAAGAAGAUGAUGAAGGAGCAGUGUGUUGUAAACAGGAGGAGGGCAGUAGUAGUAGUAGUGUGGUUCAGUAUGAAUACCACAUCCUCUACUCCUGCAGCUACCAGACUCCUGUCCUCUACUUCAGAGCCUCAACCCUGGAGGGUAGGAGUCUGUGUCUAGAGGAGGUAUGGGACAGUGUUCAUCCUAACUACAGACAGAGACUACAACACAGACCCUGGGACACCAUCACACAACAGGAACACCCGUUGCUAGGCCAGUCGUUCUUUGUGCUCCACCCCUGCAGGACAGAGGAGUUUAUGAGGCCUGUUCUAAAAGCUGCCCUGGAAGAACACAGACAGGUGAACUACAUAGUGACCUGGCUCAGUGUGGUGGGUCCUGUUGUGGGACUGGAUGUUCCUCUCAGCUACUGUACACAGGUACCUGAACCCUCCAGCUCUCCACAGCCCCCAGCCCUAGGGACAAAGCCAGGCUGAAUGGAUCUCACAGACAAGCAUCACAUCUAGCGUGGACAACACGUAUUGCCAAAGCGAAUUUGACAUCAGCUUGAGAUGUGUUGAUGAGGUCUGUCCAGUGGGCAUGAGAUGGAGGAGAGGGCAGCUGUUUUUCACAGCAAGUCUGUAGAGAGAACUGGAACAUGAAGCACUGCUGGCACCUAGUGGUGAAAAAUACAUUACUGCAACUUUACAGGCCUGUCAGAACUGCUAGGUUGAAUCAGCCCAGGUGAUGGAUCUAAGAAGUGGGAGUGGGGUGACAAAUAGAUGUGGGACAGGGCCCACUAUGAGUGCUGAUAUCUGUGAAAAGGAAACACACUUCUCCUUUUGUCAGAACAGACCUGGUCUUAGGAGACUAGACAACCAUGGAGCAACCAGAGAUAUCUAUUAAUUUCUAUGGGAGCAACUCUAUCCUUGUCAAAGUUGUUUUGGAAUAAGACCAUGAAAGUCUAUUUUAUCCCUGGAUGGGGGACUGAAGAUGAAGUCAGACGUAACUGUUAUGUUUCCCAUGACCUCAAACUUUUAACUUGAAAUACUCCUCUCAUUAUCACCUAACAUGUCCAACAAUCAUGUUGUAACUUUUUGAUUUCUUGGGCAUAAAGUUGAUGACAAACACACUGUU